UGGGCUGCCCGUCUCCCGCGCGAGGGCACAUCGGUGCCCAGUUCGGCGCGCGCUCAGGGCGGAGCGGGAGCGGAGGGCCCAAUGGCUGCCAGGUCCCAGGCCAGCACUCCCAAGGCGGAGAAGCCGGACAGUGUCAGCAAUGGCCAGCCUACGUGCCAAGGCCAGUGGGGCCGCGCCUGGGAGGUGGACUGGUUCUCCCUGGUCAGCGUCGUCUUCCUGCUGUUGUUCGCGCCCUUCAUCGUAUACUACUUCAUCAUGGCCUGUGACCAGUACAGCUGCGCCCUGACCGGCCCCCUGCUGGACGUUGCCACCGGCCGGGCCCGCCUCGCCGACAUCUGGGCCAAGACCCCGCCUGUGACGAAGACGGCCGCCCAGCUCUACACCUGCUGGGUCGCGUUCCAGGUGUUCUUAUACGUGCUGCUCCCUGACGUCUGCCAUAAGUUCCUGCCAGGCUAUGUCGGAGGCAUCCAAGAAGGGGCUGUGACCCCCGCAGGGAUCGUUAACAAGUACGAGAUCAAUGGCCUGCAAGCCUGGCUUAUCACACACCUGCUGUGGUUGGCCAAUGCCUACUUCCUGUCCUGGUUCUCACCCACCAUCAUCUUCGACAACUGGAUCCCACUGCUGUGGUGCGCCAACAUUCUUGGAUACGCCGUGUCCGUCUUCGCCAUGGUCAAGGGCUACCUCUUCCCCACCAGCGCCACUGACUGCAAGUUCACUGGCAACUUCUUCUACAACUUCAUGAUGGGCAUUGAGUUCAACCCCCGGAUUGGGAAGUGGUUUGACUUCAAGCUCUUCUUCAACGGGCGCCCAGGGAUUGUGGCCUGGACACUCAUCAACCUGUCCUUUGCGGCCAAGCAGCGGGAGCUCUACGGCCAAGUGACCAACUCCAUGGUCUUGGUCAAUGUCCUGCAGGGCAUCUAUGUGCUGGACUUCUUCUGGAAUGAGGCCUGGUAUCUCAAGACGAUCGACAUCUGCCACGACCACUUCGGCUGGUACCUGGGCUGGGGCGACUGCGUGUGGCUGCCCUACCUUUACACAUUGCAGGGACUGUACCUGGUCUACCACCCGGUGCAGCUGUCCACCCCGCACGCCGUGGGCGUCCUACUGCUGGGCCUGCUCGGCUACUACAUCUUCCGGGUGGCCAACCAUCAGAAGGACUUGUUCCGCAGCACCAAUGGGCACUGCCUGAUCUGGGGCCGCAAGCCGAAGGCCAUUGAGUGUGUCUACACGUCGGCCGAUGGGCAGAGGCACCACAGCAAGCUGCUGGUGUCCGGCUUCUGGGGCGUGGCCCGCCACUUCAACUACACGGGUGACCUCAUGGGCAGCCUGGCCUACUGCCUGGCCUGUGGUGGCGGCCACCUGCUGCCUUACUUCUACAUCAUCUACAUGACCAUCCUGCUGACCCACCGCUGCCUGCGCGACGAGCACCGCUGUGCCCACAAGUACGGCCAGGACUGGGCGCGCUACAAAGCCGCCGUGCCGUACCGCCUGCUGCCCGGAGUCUUCUAGGUGUGGGGAAGGGCGGCCCCCAACCUGCUCACAGAGCCCGGCUUCCUCACCUGUCAGAUGGGAGAGCCCACCCUAGGCAGGGGCUGGUCACCAGGAGCCACUGUGGCCCCAGCUGCCUUCUGCACCGGUGGCUCUCCACGUCUAGGUCAAGAGAGCGAUUCGUGUCCUCUCAGCCCGCUGCACACUGCCUGGACAAGCUGUUACUGCCCCCUUCAUGGGGCAUUUCCAGGCCCCACCCGCCACGGUCAGGGCCGCCCUUUCUCCUAGUCAAUGAACUUUGACAUUGGUCUAUCAGGGGUGCCCGGGGUGAAGCACUUAGCUCAUUGUGCUUGCUCUGCACCUGCGAGUGGGCAUGGAGCGUGCUGAGGGGG